AAGCCCUGAAGAGUUACUCCAGGAACCGGUACAGCCGCUCCGCUUCCACGGCGAACAGCUACCCCGUCGACCACAGCUCGCUGGAUGGAACCAACUGGGCUCAGCCAAUCAGAAACGAGUCUGAGGACGAGUUCAGCGGGAUGGGAGGAGUUCCCAACGGCGUGGCCCCGCCCAACUCCCACAAGGUCACGCACAGAUGUUCCAUUCUCCCCAACGCCUCCGUCCAGUGUGAGACUGGAGUGUAUGAGUCUCUGCAGGCCUGGAAGGACCACAAGCUGCACAUCGACCAUGAGGAAGGGCGGGGCUAAGGACAAGAAGGCGUGGCUUCUGAAGGAGCAGAAGAGGAGUAAGAAGAUGAGGAAGAUAAUCAAGAGGAUCAGAAACAACGACACAUGUUCGAUGCCCGGACUCACCUGCUUCACCCACGACAACCAGCACUGGCACACUGCGCCCUACUGGACAUUGGGUUCGUUCUGCGCCUGCACCAGCGCCAACAACAACACGUACUGGUGUCUAAGGACGAUCAACGAGACUCACAACUUCCUGUUCUGUGAGUUUGCAACCGGCUUCCUGGAGUUCUUUGACCUGAACACAGACCCAUACCAGUUGAUGAAUGCAGUCAGUUCUCUACAGAGAAUCGUCCUCCACCAGCUUCACGUCCAGCUGAUGGAGCUCAGAAGCUGUAGAGGACACAAGCAGUGUAACCCACAGCCGGCAGGGGGGCGGGACCAUGGCAGCUUUGAUGAUUACAGGGUGUUUGAGAGGAAAAAGUGGCCGAAAAUGAAGAAGCCUUUAUCAUCUCGAACCCUAGGGCCAAUCUGGGACGGCUGGAAGGGCUGAGCCUCCCGAUUGGUCGGAGCAGGCUCCUGACUCCGCCCUCACAGCAGCCCGAAGGCCAAUCAGCUCCUGCCAUCUCUGUGACAUCACUCUUCCCCCCUCCCCCUGCUGCUCAGGGAGACGCUGGGAGGGAAACACUCUUCAUCAGCUGAGGAGGAGGAGGAGGAGGAGAAGAAUAUUAAUGGCUCUCAUGAUAAAUAUGUAUAGAUUAUUAUUCUUAUUAGUUUCAGGUAUUUUGUUGAAGUUAUAGUUCAUGUUUCACAAUACAGACGUUGAGAUGACCUUUAAAGGCUCCCUCUAGUGGUGGAGUUACAGACUGCAGCCACACUGUGUCAGGUUUGUCCUUUCUGGGCUUCCGUAGAAACACAGUGGAACACACAACUUUUAUUAUUCUCAUGUGUUCUUAUGAUUUUAGAAUGAUAACUUUCAUAAUUCUGUCUAAAAAUCUGAUAGAUUUCCUUUAGCGAUAAAACUGUGUUCAUGAAGCUCCUCCUCCUCUUCUUCAUCUUCUUCGGGUGACCUCCCAGCGGCCAUAUUUGUUUGUCCAGUUCAUAUUUAGUCUUUCUAGCCGCAUUUUUACUUUUGACUCAUGUCCGUGAAGACAUGAAAGGACUUCCUGUUGUUAUUCUCACUAACCCGGAGACGGGGGCGGAGCCAACGCUGGACGCUGUGACAUCACUGCGUUUAUUUUAUGAAUGUUCUUUUAAAAUUUUAUUUGUAUUUCUUCCAUUAACUUGAGGACGACAGAGCGGUUAGAGUACUAACCUGGUGACUGACUCCAGUACCCACGAUGCAAAGCGGCAGCCCCGAACAAACACGACGAACGAACGAGAACAUUUGGGAUUUAAUCCCCCCCACCUCAAAAAAAAGGAAAAACAAGCUUGAAAAAAAGAAAAGGUGUGAACUUGAAGAUGUCGGAUGUCUCGUGAGCCAAUGAGAAGAGAGCUAGAUGUUGAUGUCAUCGUUUCAAGUUUUAUGUUAACCAUCAAACGUCAACGUCCAAAUGCCUUCUUCCUGCACAUGUGACCACUUCCUUUUUCCUUCCUGUCCACUUCCUUUGUACUCCCUUUUUACUUAAUUGUUACUUCCUGUCCACUAUCUUUCCACUUCAUGUUCCCUAUCUGUCUCCUUCCUUUCCACUUCCUGUACAAUUCCUGUCCCCUUCUUCUCCACAUCCUGUCCACUAUAUUUCCACUUCAAGUCCCCUUCCUGUCCACUUUCUUUCCUCUUCCUGUCCACUUCCAUGACACUUCCUGUCACCUUCCUUUUCACUUCCUGUCCGCUUCCUUUUCACAUUUUUACUUUUGAGUCAUGUGCUGUCACAUAUUUCUCCCACAUCCUUUGUUCCCAAAUUUAAAUGAGUACAUUUUUUUCAAUAUAACGAGAGAAAAACUCAACACAAGAUUCGCACAAGAAGUGAAAAUAAGAUUUAAGAUUUUAAAACUUUGCAUCUUAUAAUUUACAUCAUUUGUUACAUUUAAUUAUGAAGACGGUUAUGAAUCAGAUUCUCUGUUGAAUGCAAACAUUUCUGCAUUUAGCGCUUAUUAUUAUUGUUGUUAUAAUUGUUUACUUGUUUACCUUUGCCUUGGUUUGUGAGUUCCUACAGUCCCCAGAAUGCCUUUCAGCAGAACGCAGUGUUUAGCCUGCAGGUAGAUGACAGGUCAUUGGCUGAUGUGUCGACCAAUCAGGUGACAUCUCCGUGCCAUAUUCCUGUUGGCCGUCAUUCAUAAAUCGAAACAGUUUAUUUAAAAGAUUAAUUGUGACGUUUAAGAGACGCGACAUGAAACGUUUCAUUCAGACCAACAUUCUGGAGAUGAUUUCUCUUUCUGAAAGAAUCACAAUCUGUUCUGAAAGAGAGCGACAUGGACAACCGGGUUGUUUAGGGUUACGCAUCACAUGACACACGUUGUUGUUCCUGUACGCUGCCUCUGCACAUUGUUGUUGUUGUUGUCUUUGUUGUUUGUUGUUAACACAAAUGUCUUUUGCUCUGCGGUGCUAUUUACUGUUUUAAUAUUUUAAUAUCUACAAACCUCCUGGUUCUGUUUGAAUGUAUUUUAAAUGUUUAGGUGUGUUUUCUAAAGACGCUCUGGAACACACACACACACACACACACAUACAGACCCACAAACAGACAUAAACAUACACAGACUCUCUCACACACACACACGCACACGCACUGAAGGACAAACUGCCGAGCACUUUGAUUGGAGGAGGGAUGAAUGGACCAAUGAGGUUGAGGUGCGACAGGAAGUGGGCCGUGGACACACCUGUGCAGCCGCCUGACCAGGAUGCUUCUAGUUUGUGAAUAAAGUGUUGAAUGCCCAAAUAUAACUCCUUCUCUUAAAGUGUGUUUCUUUGAUUUAUUCUUUCGUCUCUAAACGUCUUCACUCUAAAUAUAUAUUGAGUUUACACUCAAAACUUUAGAGUUGCUGGAAAAUUGUUGCUGAUAAACUUUGCGUCCAUUAUUAAAUGAUUUGGCUUCAUAAUCAAUGGAACCAAUUGAUUGUGGACACAUCCUUUUACCAUUCAGAGACACAAGAUUUGAUGAUUUAAAUUCAUUCACCAUGUAUUAUUCUAUUUUUAAUUCAUCAUCUUAGAGAUCUUCUGUUCCUCUAACUCGUAUUCUGAGGUCACUGCACACAGAAAAUGUUCCAUUUGGAAUUAAACCUAAUUCAAAAUGUUGAAACAUAAGUUAUGUUUUCAUGAGCAAUAUACAAAUUCAGAAUAUUGUCAUGAUAUGAAUAAUAAUGGAACAUGUGUAGCAUAUCUUCAGACUGCUCUGGUUGUAUAGGAGUCUAUGCUUCGUGAGUUAAAGCUGCAUUCUCUCUCCUGACCACCAGGGGACAGCUCCUCUGGUUGUAUAGAAGUAUAUGCUUCAUGUGUUAAAGCUGCAUUCUCUCUCCUGACCACCAGGGGCAGCUCCUCUGGUUGUAAAGAAGUAUAUGCUUCAUGUAUUAAAGCUGCAUUCUCUCUCCUGACCACCAGGGGGCAGCUCCUCUGGUUGUAAAGAAGUAUAUGCUUCAUGUAUUAAAGCUGCAUUCUCUCUCCUGACCACCAGGGGGCGACUCCUCUUGUUGUAUAGAAGCCUAUGCUUCAUGUGUUAAAGCUGCAUUCUCUCUCCCGACCACCAAGAGGUGACUCCUCUGGUUGUAUAGAAGUCCAUGCUUCAUUUGUUAAAGCUGUGUUCUCUCCCCUGACCACCAGGGGACGACUUUUGUGGUUGUAUAGAAGUAUAUAUCGUAACCCCUUUCUUUCCAUCUCUCAAUAAAACAUUUGAAGCUCA